UCUUCAUCAACUUAAGGUCUCUUUUUUAUUGAUAAUCAGAAAUAAAAAGAUGUUGAUUACGAAAAUAUGAACAGUUUAAAUGUGCAGGUAUAAUAAGAUAUAACAUUGUGUUUCCGACAACAAGUGCAAAAUUAAUUUAAUAAUAUGACUUUUAAAAAGAAUGUGAUUGUCGCAUUUUGUGUAUAUUUAUUUGUUUUUGUUUGUGAGUCCAAAUAUUCUCCUAGAUAUAACGUGAUGGAACUAACAAAUCAACUGGGAUUGACGGCUGAACUUCAUAAUGUUACUACAGAAGAUGGAUACAUCUUAAAGAUAUUUAGAAUAAAAGCUAUAAAUGGGAAGGAACAAGAAAACCGAGAACCAGUAUUACUACAGCAUGGCUUACUUGGCUCGAGCGAACAAUUUCUACAUGCCAAAAACAACUCCUUAGCCCUUAUAUUAUUUAACAAUGGAUUUGAUGUAUGGCUAGGAAAUAGUAGAGGAAAUUUCCAUUCUAGAAAGCAUGUAUCUCUGGAUCCAGACAGAGAUAAGGAAUUUUGGUUUUACACACUGGAUCAAAUGGGACAAUACGAUCAACCUGCUGUUAUAGACCACAUCUUAAAGACAACUGGAAAGCAACAGAUAUCCUAUAUUGGACAUUCCCAAGGAGGUGGAUCUUUAUUGGCAAUGGCUUCAGGUCGUCCCGAGUAUAACCAAAAAAUUAAAAUAUUCGUAGGAUUAGCUCCAGCUGCGUAUAUGAAACAUAAUCGUCAUCCUUUGCUGGUAAUUUCGAAAUAUUUUGCUGACCUGCUCAAGGAUUUAAUUCAAUUUCUCAACGUAUAUGAAAUGGAAGCAGUUUCUAACAGUGAAUUUUUUUCUAAAAUAAUGCAAGGCGCAUGUGGCGAAAAAGUAAACUACAGAAUCAAUUGUCGUCCAGUAAUUGAUUUUUUAUCAGACAGUCUAACUUCCCUGUUUGAUUAUAGCUUAGCUCCUGAGAUUUUUACAACUACGCCAGCAGGAAUGAGCUUUUUUCAGAUUUUACACUACGCGAAAAUGCAUAUACAUGGAACAUUUGAAAAAUACGAUUGGGGUCCAGAAAUGAAUUUACAAAAAUAUAAUUCGACAGUUGCUCCAAAAUAUGACUGGUCAAAGAUAACAUGUCCAACAGUAUUAAUAUAUGGUUUAAGUGAUGCACUUGUUAAUCAUAAAGACAUCAAAUACAUCGCUAAGAAGUUACCAAAUCUGAUUGAACUUUAUAAAGUUGCAGAUGAUAGGUUCAAUCAUUUAGAUUUCCUCUGGUCCAAUAACAUAACACCGUUAUUACAUGAUAAAGUGUUAACAAUUUUAAAUAAUUACAGAAGUUAACAUAAAA